AUCUCUCCCUUCCUUCCUUUCCGGCUCCCCCCACGUUUAGUAACUACAUACGUCUCGACCCAUCAUCAACAUCGUGUAAUUAUGACCGUUGGAUCAGUAUUUAAAAAAAUACAAUCUGAACGGUGAACUUCAUUUACACACGGAUCGCCAGCGUGGCAGUAGAUGGUAUAUAGAUACACGGUUGUUGAUUCCUCUUGUUACGCCAAAUCGUAAACCGCAACAAAACCGUCUAAAAGGGAAAAGUAAAUUUGUGUUUGUUUGUUUAAGAGAAGAAUCACGAUGGAGUCACCAGCAGCAGCAGCAGCAGCGACGAAGCCGGCGAGAGGCGCCGGAGGAAGGAAAGGAGGUGAUCGGAAGAAGAGCGUCUCGAAGUCCGUCAAGGCUGGUCUCCAGUUCCCCGUCGGUCGUAUCUCUCGUUACUUGAAGAAAGGUCGUUACGCGAUUAGGUACGGCGCCGGUGCUCCCGUUUACCUCGCCGCCGUUCUCGAGUACCUCGCCGCUGAGGUUUUGGAGCUUGCGGGGAACGCAGCGAGAGACAACAAGAAGAACAGGAUAAACCCGAGGCAUCUUUGCUUGGCGAUAAGGAACGAUGAGGAAUUGGGGAAGUUGCUACACGGAGUCACGAUCGCGAGUGGAGGUGUUCUUCCCAACAUUAACCCGAUUCUACUUCCCAAGAGAUCUGCGUCUCAAACUGAGAAGCCUGAGAAAGCUGCUAAAGCUACCAAAUCUCCCAAGAAGGCUUAAAAAAAUGGAUGUUGCUUGCUGCGUUUGUUAUAUCAUAAUCGAGAAGAACAUCUUGUUUUUUUAGGGAUUGUGUAGGUUAUUUUCUAUGUUUACUUCCCCCGUUUGGUUUGUUUGUGAGUCCAGUGGCAGAUUAUGUUUGUUUUUAAAAGUCAUUUUGUAAUGAAUGAACUAAUUUCUGGGUAUCUUCUCAGUCAUAUCAAAUAAAUAAAUUUCUUUCUAGAUUUCAUACUUCUUUUACCCACUUGAUUUCAAAGAAGAAAGAAACUCAGGAAUUAAAUGUGUUCUUUUUGUCAACACACAGAAAUUAAAUGUAUGAUAUGAAGAUAA